GACGGAAUCUGUCUCACCAGCCCGGAAAGGGGCUUCGCUUAACGUGGGGUGCUAUGAAUCUAACGUAAAACUUCACGCUUAGUGUGUCUGACGGUUACCUAGGGACGGGGAAUUUCUCUCACUUCCGGCUCUGCGUGCAACUGCUCCGACCCGCACGUCAGUGCCAUCUUAUGGUAAACUACGCGAUAAGCUCCCCGACGCGCAGGCGCAGUAGCUUUGAUGGGACUUCCGGGAACGUUCCCUGAGACUUUUAUGGCGCUGGUUGCCGCUUCGGAAAGGACGGCGGCCGGGAGUCAGGGCGUGUUUUAGUUCGCGCGGAUCCCGGCGGUGUGAUGCGGUACAAUGAGAAAGAGUUGCAGGCGCUGUCCCGUCAGCCGGCAGAGAUGGCCGCCGAGCUAGGCAUGCGGGGUCCCAAGAAAGGCAGCGUGGCCAAGAGGCGGCUGGUGAAGCUGGUGGUCAACUUCCUCUUCUACUUCCGCCCGGACGAGGCCGAGCCCCUCGGAGCCCUGUUGCUGGAACGCUGCAUAGUGGCCCAGGAAGAGCCCGGCGGCUUCUCCAUCAGCUUUGUGGAAGACCUCAGCAGGAAGUAUCACUUUGAAUGCUGUAGCCAAGAGCAGUGUCAGGAGUGGAUGGAGGCUCUUCGCCAGGCCAGCUAUGAGUACAUGCGAAGAAGCCUCAUCUUCUACAGGAACGAAAUCAGGAAGAUGACAGGCAAGGAUCCUUUGGAGCAGUUCGGCAUCUCCGAGGAAGCCAGGUUCCAGCUGAAUAGCCUGCCUACGGACGGGCGGACUGCUUGUAUUGGUUCCCAGCUAGAUGUGUUGGACUGACCUUUGCCUGGCCUCUGGCUAUCUUUGAAGGUGUUUUUUUGGAAAUGUCGUUCAAAGCCAGAGGUCCGGAGGAGGUGGGCAAGGGCUUGGAUCCUUGUUCCCAUACCAUCUCCCUGCCAAUACCCUUGAGUGCCCCCAACUGGGGACUGAGCCUGGCACAGCUCCCCUGUCCGUUAUUGGGUGAAUGUAUCAUGCUAGGUAACGCUGUGAACCCCACUCCUGCUGAUAGAGCAGGCCAUGGUGCUGGCCUUCAGUGCUGAGCCCGUUCUAUAAUAAAGGUACCCCUUUUC